GUGACCAAGGCGACUGCAUCCCCGUUGGGAAAUAUUGUGCUGCAAGCUUGACGAAGACGUGUUGUCCACCAAACGAGUGUCAAAUGACGGCUCCCAGGUCUGGGACGUGUGUGAAGUCAUGUUAUCAAUUGAAAGCACAAUGUCAGAAGAAUGAAGAAUGUUGCAGCAAGCUGUGUAUAGACGGGAAGUGUGGAGAUGCAA